GCCAGCAGAUUGAGACAGACACAGAAUCGUUAAGCAAAACUAGGAUGAACUUGUCUGAAACCUAAAAAAAAAAAAAAAAAAAAACCAAUCUUUUUUCUUUGUUUUUGUUUCCACGUGCGUCUGUCAUUCAAUGUUAUAUAUAUGACAGUGUUUUUCAUCAUCAAAACAAAAGUGGAUUAAAAACUGAAGGGUGGUUUACCAUUCUCUCAAAAUGCUGCUGGUUUCCCAGCGGGUAGAUGCACCUCGUAUGGAGCCACUACAAGGGUCAAUCAAGAGAAAGCUGGUGGAUGGUAGCUCGUCUGCAGUUAAUGGCAUCUCAGAUGGUAUGAUCCCAGGGAACAGCAAGAGACUCUGCCUUGAAGAUGUUACAUUGGCGAUGGGCCAAGGGUCCAACAACAGCAUAUCAAGGCCUGACCUGCAGAACUCUCCCUUUGCAUCAAGUGUGCCAGUAGCCAGUCAUUUAGGACAAAUGAAUGGCAAUGGCAUGGGCUCUCCUUUCUCCUCAGAGAUCAAGCAGAGCCCGGGGGGUAGACACAACAGCAUGCUUCCUUAUGACUCCAAUGGCCCCCAGUCGGUUGAGCAAGAACUGCAAGAGCUCCUAGACGAACUGACCAAAAACCCAGACCCCUCUCUCAACGAGCUGGACCCCUCUCUCAACGAGAUUUUGGAUGAACCAGUUAGCGUAGGUUUUAUGCACCCUGAUGCAAACGGCACCCCCAAAUGUUCCCCUCAGACCACCUCGCACUUGGAGAACCACCUGACCAGCAAGGAGUUUUCCCCGGGUUUUAGUCAGGCCUCUGUGGGCUCGCCCCAAGUUGGUCCCCCUUCAGCUGGCACCCCAUACACCCUGUCACAUUCCUCCAAACCUGUGCCAUCGGCCUUGUCUGCAAGCGGGCAGAAUCAAAGCCAGAGUCAAGCCCGCUCGCCCAUGCUCUCUGCUGCCUUGUCGAGUUGGCAUGAGGUAUCGCAUGCCCAGCAGUUGAAACAGAUGGCUGCCAGCAAGCACAGCUCCACGAACCAGCAACACCAACAACAACAACAAGCAGCUCAGGUAUCCAACUGGCCACCUAUGCAGUCUUCGGGGCCUUCUCCACCCUACAGGACAGAGAAACUGCCCAGUUCCUCCCCACACCAGCAGCCAUUCAGCCCACAAAACAAUCUGGCCAGCAAUAUUCAGAGCCCUCAGAAUUCCCUGAUCUCCAACAUGACUUCCAAUAACCCACCCUCCACUGGGCCCUCGCCUCCUUAUAGACCUGAGAAGCUUGCUAGUCCAGCUCUGGGCCAGCCCCCGUUCAGCCCUCAGAACCCCAUGUUGCCCAACAUGGCGGCCACAAGCCUUCCCAGCAACAGCAUCCAGAGCCCUCAAGCCAGCAUGCUCCCGAACCUGUCUUCCUCAAGCACGAGGCCAUCACCGCCUUACAGGCCUGACAAGCUUUCCAGCCCCACCAUUCAGCAACAUACCUUCAGCCCUCAAAACCCCAUGGUGACCAACACCAGUAACCCAGCCAGCAACAUGCAGCUUUACAAGGCCAUGACUUCCACCCAAUCAAACAACCUGAACAUGAUGAUGUCUCAGCCUCAGUCGGUUCAGCAGCAGCAGCAGCAACAAGCAGCGCCACAUGCCAGCACUCUCCAACCUGGCAUGAUGAAUAAGAACACCAUGAACCCAGACCAUUACUCCUUUAACAACACCAAGCCAUUAAGCCAUUUCGACCCUGAUUCUCCCGGGAAGAUGGCGCCCAUGCCUGGAGGACCUGGUCAGCUGCCGUUGGCUCACUAUUUGCAGCAGCAGCCACAGCUGCCCUCCCAAGCCAGUCAUUCCCAACUCACGCAGCAGCAGCUACAGCAGCAGCUACAGCAGCGCAUGCAGAGGAACAACAUGCAGCCUGGAGGACUCUUACAACCACACAGCAGACAGGAGCAGAGUCCAGGCAUGGUACCCCGGCUCCAGGACCCCUCUUCAAUCCCCAGCGCUGGGACCAGAGCAGGGAUGGGGAACGGAUACAUGAAACAUGCUGCGCUCAAACAGCAGCUCAUAAGAAAGCAGCAACAGCACCUCCUGCAGGAGAAGCAGCGGCAGCUGGACCAGUUGAAUGGCAAUCGGAUGGAGUGUAAGGAGCAGGGCUUCCGAGGCCAGCAGCUCACACAGUUUCCAGGAGUAGCCAGGCCUCUGCCCCAAGACUGCGGGCACCCCAUUCCCAACCCCUCAGCCAGCCCAGCCAUGAUCCCCCACAACCCUGCCAUGCUUCCCAACCGGCUGGGCAUUCCUCCGGGCGCCAUACCCCAAAGCAGCCGGACGAUGGGUGUGUUCCCCAGCAACGCGGGCAGCCAGCCUGGCCUGUACCACUCUGCCCACUCCGACUUCAACAUGCCCCAGCGCAGCCAGGGCAUGCUGGGAAUGGGCAUCCCUACCCAGCCUGCAGUGCGCUCUGGGAUGCCAUCCUCCAGCUUCAACCAGCUGGCCAGCGCUCCAGCUCUCCAACAACACUUGAGACAUUCACUGAGCCAGCAAGCCAGCGGCAUGCCACGGAUAACCAACAUCUCCGGGAUGCCACCUCAAAUGUGGGCGGCCCAACAAGGCAUUCCCAGGAUGCCCAGUGCUGGCCAAAUGGACCCAAACUUGCAGCAGUUCCCAGGCAGCCCAAUGUUCUCCAAGGCACCCAUGAGGCCAGGUCUACCUUCUCAGUUUGUGCAAACUGGAGCACCGCCCAACCAGAUGGCACCAGGCUUGAUCAGGCACAUGCAAAAACUGAACCCUGCUCAGGGUAACCCCUUGGCCAACCAACCAAUAAGGAACAGAGGACCAUUAUCGGCUAUGGCUGGGAUGAAGCCAAUUCCGCCAAGCAUGGCCAGCCUGAGUCAAGUCCAUCACCCUCCCCAAGGACUAGCACCCCCUAGCUACCCUUCCUCGGGGAAACCCACAGCAGCCUACAACGGGGUGAGCCCCAAGCUGCCUCCCUAUGAGUUUCUUCAGCAGCAGAACAGCGGGCCCCUGCAAACCACAGGCGGGGAGGUGGACUUCAUUGACUCUUUCAUGGGUGAAGAGUGGAUGCAUCAUUUGAACGUGAUCGACGAGUACCUAGGACAGCACUCAUAAAAUCAGUGCACUGUGGCCGGGAUGGGGGUACUUUGAGAUUUUUAGAACCACAUGAAUGAGACGUUGCUUUUGAAGGUCAGCAUUCAAAAACCUGCAGCAGAGUCGUAUCAUGGAUGUUUCACCUGUUUGAGCUUAUCUUCCCCUGGCAUCAUUGAAUCCUGAUGGAUGUACACUAAGAGAUGUAUGAACAAGAAAACCAGUGUCUGGGUUGACUUCCAGAUGGCCACAUUUCAAUCAUUCCCGGGCAGAUCCAGACUUCUAUAGCCACUUCAGUCCAGGAAGAGUCUUAAAGUAUUUAUUAUUGCCACUAAACAUGAAUUUAACAUGUUAAACCUGGACUGAAAUACUAGGCUGGAGUCGUCCUCCUGAUUUUUUUUAAAGGAGUAAUAACCAAGGGUUUAAAAAAUACAAAAGUGUUCUUACCUCUUAUUAAUAUAAUAUAAUUCACCCUCGUUCAUUAUAUGCUGUUGAUCUUCUCUGUAAUUUAUUUUCAGAUUUUUAUGCAUUUAUCUUGCAAUAGCGCUAUGACUAGAAGUACUUGAGUUUCGUUGUCUCACCCCAUUCAUCUUCCUGUGUUACAGCUAAUAUGUCCCCACCUUCUGACCCUUGGUUGUAAGCCUGAGGUGGGUUGUUAUUAUGUGAAACACAGGAUGUGACUAUGUGGUGUUGUGGUGGGAGAAAUCUGCUUCUGUCUGAAAAUAAAGUAAAAAAGAUGAAACAGUAAAAUGGUAUUUGGGAGGAUGCUAUGUCAGUAAGAGGUAAGAAUUGUUUUUGUAAGCUUGUUGGUCAGUAAAAAACAAAUGGCGAGGGGGGGAGGUUGGGUUGGGACUUUGGGAUCUUUUUCAGUUUUGUCUUUUAAGCUACAUUCAGGUUGAGCUUGAAACUUUUCCUCCUUAACCGACUAUGUUGUGAUGUUUCCCAGGAGGACAUUUAUAAUAUUUUUAGUAAACAAGCCACAAUUACAGGCAUCUCUGUGAACUGUAAACAUAUGUGAUUACUGAGGAGGUCAGAUCUUUCUGAAGGGGAAAAGUGUAACUCGUGUGUAUAUUUAACUAAAUCGGAAAGUGGCAUCAUUUGGAUAUGCUUCAAUGCGGUAUAUACAACAAGUAUAGAAGUUCAAAUGUCAGGUCUGUGUGCUGAAUUCAAAUGUGCAUAUCUUGAGUGAACUACUUGAGGACCCUAACCCCUAGAGGGCAGUGUGACUUCACAGUCCAAACUUCACAGAUGUCAAAAUAUUAACACAUACAUUUUGUAAAAAAAAAAAUACAAAAAUUGAUAUGCCUGUGCUUACUUGUGAUAUUAAUUAUAAAUCAGAAGACAGACAAUGGCGUACCUUCUAUUUUAAUCCCCCCCUCCUUUUCAGUCUGCCCAAAUUGAAAAAGUAAAAAUUUGAAACCUAAGAAACGCUCCCCCAUCCCUCCAUACAGAAUAUCUAGCCUUGUUUUUUGAGAUACCUACAGCAGAAAUGAUUGCUGUAAUAAUCAGUAGUUGUAGUCAUAGCUGUAGCAAGACUACUAAAACAACAGCUGUAUUGUGUCUUUAUUUUGGUGAUGAUAUUUAAUUUACUUUACUGUCAAAAAGAAUUCAAAGUAACAGGGAGUCUCUAUGCUUGUUUAUGAAAAGGACAUUUUAUUGUUCAUACCACGACAGAGAUCGAAAACGAAAUGGGGGCACCCGUGCUUACUUCGUCAUUUUAAGUAUGUACUGUAGGAUGCAGGGUGUACUUUGAGUGGGGCACUAAGGAAUGAUAUACUAGAGUAACAUAUAGCUAACACUUAGGACACUUUUCAGCACCCAGGAAGAUAAUUAAAAAGGCAUUAAUAUAAAAAGUUAGUUAUCUAAGUCACAAUGAAUCAAAUUAUCAAUUCUCCCACCAGUUUUGAAAGCUGUUAUUUAAGCAUUAAUGCCCAGUGACAGUUGUGCCGUGCCGAAGGUCAGUUUUCUACCAGUAGUGACUGCUGUGCAGCAUAUUAACCCUUUACUGCCCUAGGUAUGUUUCCAUACCUAUUUAUUGCCUACUGUCAAAUAUAUUGGACACUGAGCAGCAAAGGGUUAAUGCUACUACUAGCCCGUUCAUUGUGUUGUGUGUAUGAAUCCUAGUUUGACGUGACAUUUCACUGCCCUUUGGUUUGUAUCAGGAAACCCCAAUGAGCUGCAGGUGGGUUCUUCGUUGAAGUUUCAUUGCAAGUCACUGAACUGGCUUUUCUGAAGUUAGGAGAAGAUGAUACAGAUUGCUGCCAAACUGAUAAAAGAGAAAACAAAGAUAGACACAGAUCGCUGGCAGGAUAGCUUGAUACCAGAAGAAUGGAUUUCCUUGAAAUGGAUCUCCUCUUUAGUGAGGGAUAGGAUAGGAUAGGGAAUAGGAUAAGACCCCCGUUGGCUUUUAAAGUUUUUUACAGCAGAGUUCUGUAUAAUGCUUCCCCCGUUAAAUAGGAAAGGUGAGCACAGUGGGGAUGUUUGUUUGUUGAUCAGCAUCUCGCUUUUUGAGAGCAAACAAAGAGGACUGGAUCUCAAUGUGAAGGCCUAACAUUUCAGAACUCUUCAAUCUGCAAAAACAACAAGGCCUAGAAAAACACUUCUUACCUCCCAGUAGCAUUAAUAGGCUCACCAUGUCCUUAUUGUUUUUCAGAUAAAGCCCAUUCAUCCUCUGCACAGCACUGUAAGUUUCACUUCUAUCCUGUGUUACAGGUAAUAGGACCCCCUCCUGAGCCUUACACUUGCUGCCUAUACAAGCAGGGACAGAAGGGGUAUCCUAUAUCUUGUUACACAGGAAGCAAACGGAUGGGGGACAGGAAACCAAGUACUUGUGUUAACCUGUAGUGCUGUGCAAGGAAAAAUAGAUAAAAAUAAAAAGGGGGGGGGUUAUGCUAAUGAGCGGUAAGGAUUUUUUAAAAGUAGUUUUUUAAAUCCUUUUAAUCUCUAAACAACAACAAUAUCAUAUAUGUGAAGAAAGACCACUUUCUGAAAUAUGUAUGAGUUAAAGUAGGUUGCGGGGGGGACACUUUAGUUGUCGAAACAGGCGAUUCAAUAGGAAAGGACAUUAAAGGGUGGUGCUUGGAAACCGUUGCUAUAGCAACUUGUCUACAGCACCAAAUUCACCAUGGCAUGUUAAACGUACUUGUUUAUAUCAAAGACGUUGUUAUCUAGACAUGCUUGAGUUCACAGAUGACUGGUCAAAGCCAGUAUAGAAGUGUGCUACCCACUGCAACGACAUUUAUUGUGGACAUUUUACAGAUGAUUGUAAAUAUUAAACUAUUUUGUAAAUUGUUUUUUUUGUUUGUUUGUUUUUUUCUUAAGCUAUGUGUGUAAAAGAAGUACAGUGUAUAUACUUCUUGGCUGAAAUUGUUUGUAAAUAAAAAAAAAAAAACAAAAAACAAAAAAACAACCUAUAGCUUAAAAAACAAAUUCUCAGUUUUAUAAUUGGAAAUUCAUUUAUUUUAAUUUGUUAUAAAAUAUGCAGACAAUAUUGUUAGUUUUGGUAAUACUGUGUAUUACAAUGUUAAAAUAUUUGUUAUGUUUUUGACAUAACACAAUGCGUGUGCACAGAGUGGCGUCAAGAAGGAUUCCUUUGGGCUUUGAGAAAGAUCAAUGGUUGUGGUAAACAUUUGAAUCCACAGGCUAUUUUGUACACACACACACACACACACACACACACACACACACACACACACACACACA